AUGCACCAACGGGUUUGUCGGCUCAAAAUAGGAGAGAUGAAGGUCCCAAAUCUAAACCAUAGACUGGCUGCCAAAGAAUUAGCAAACAUUGGUAAUAAUUACUACAUCAAAGAAACCUCGUUAAACAACCCCCAAGAUUACGCCCAGAGAGCUCAUGUCCCUGCCCUGCUUCAAAGAGCCUGCCUGUACUCCUUCCGCUCCCCUCAUGCCCUUGACCUAAGCUGGUUCGUUCAUCCGAUUAACCUACACAAAAUGCGAGAUCGAACCCGGGCCCUUGGUUCUAUAACGUUUCUGGCAUUCGCUACAUGUGGCAGUUCGCUAUACCCCCCGGAGAGUCUUAUUAAAAACAGCGAGUUCUGUCUGACUAGGGGCUAA